AUGCCGCGUCGCAAAUUUGAACAAAUGCCUUUUGAACAUGAUGAUGGCCUUGAUUCCCCUAAGCGGAAGAAGGCAAAGGAGUGUGAUCCUAAGCCGCGCCGAACCAUGAAGCAGAAACAGCGCAGCUGGGUCCUGACUGGAUUGAAGCAUCUGCGAGCUCCAGCGGUGAUUGGCAUGCUUGCCAGCUUGGUCUUUGCGUGUGGUGGCUUGGAUUUCAGUGCCACGCAGCACUUUGAAACAUUUGCUGGGCGUAUGGAAGUCACAAAGGCUGAGAUGGAGGUGCGGGGGGGUGCACCACCUCCCCCCCCCAGCUGUGCCCAUCCAAGGUUUGCCCGUGCUUUGUCCAAGAUUCGCUCCAACAACAAGAGGAAGAUUCGAUCCCAGGCCAAGAAGUUCCUCAAAGAGGCAGCCAACACCAAAAAUCGCAUGGACAAGCGUCCACGUGAGAAUGCCCAUUGGGUUAAGCAUGCAGAUCUCAACCCAGUGUUUGCUUACUUAGUUGAAAAUGGAAAGUGA